AUGUUGCAUGUCAAAAGUGCUGACUGUGUAGGCUGGAUGAUCUUUUGGAACGGCAACAACCUCAAGGUUUCCAACGUCUUUGUCGUCAUUAACUCUGUGGCGCAGCUGUACUACGUCUCGAGGCGUCUUCCCCCCAUGGACACCAGCUCCGCCAACUCGAUCCUCACUCAUAUUGUCUCAAAGACGUUUGCGGGUAUUGGGGUCUUGGAUCUCCUGCACAACUUCUCAGCGGCCUACUUUGUCAGCACACAGCCCUCUGCUGCUGUCAAAGUCGCUAUUGGUGUGGGUUUCGGCCUGCUUUCAGCCGCUAGUGACUGGAUCUUUGGCGGAUGUCUGGUCUACGACCUUGUUGCACUUGCUGUUGGCCAGUCUGUGUAUGGAAAUGUCGGCUGGAGUAGGCUGUUGGGUAUCUAUGCUGGAGGAGCUGCCGCAAUUGUAGGCAUGAAGAACUUUUCAGGAUCCCGAUGGGGCUAUGAGUCGCUUUGA